UCUCUUCUUUUUCGCCUUUCUUCUCCCCCUUCUUUUUCUCCCCUUCUAUUCACACCUUCUCUCUCUCUCUCUCUCUCUCUCUCUCUCUCGCGUGAAGCUCUCGUGAAGGAAGUGAUGGGGAACGUCGGAGAGGUGCGCACGGAGGAGACCGCCAAUGGCGGGACGAACGCGUGGAGCUCGUCGGAGUGCGCGGCGUCGAAGGCCGAUCACCUCGUGGUGAUGGUUCAUGGGAUUCUCGGGAGGUGUUUGAUGUUAUGUCUAGGCCUGCAUUUUUGUUCACAUUGGACUGAGUUUCACUGGAUUUUCAGAAGCACAUCAGACUGGAAAUUUGGAGCUGAACAAUUUGUUAAAAUGCUUCCGGAUAAAGUGAUAGUUCAUUGUAGUGAGCGUAACAUGAAUAGGCUUACUUUAGAUGGUGUUGAUGUUAUGGGUGAGCGUUUGGCAGAAGAGGUUAUAGAAGUUAUCAACAGAAGACCUCAAAUUCGAAAGAUUUCCUUUGUUGCCCACUCUGUAGGAGGAUUGGUUGCAAGAUAUGCUAUUGGUAGGCUCUACAGACCUCGAAGAAAAUCCCAAGAAGAGUACGAAGGUUGUGAUUCUUUUGACUAUAAGGGUAGCAUAUGCGGUCUCGAAGCAGUAAAUUUUAUAACUGUUGCCACACCUCAUCUUGGUUCGAGGGGAAACAAGCAGGUUCCAUUUUUAUUUGGUCUCACUGCUAUGGAGAAUUUUGCAUCUCGUGUAAUCCACUGGAUAUUCAGAAGAACUGGCAAGCAUCUUUUCCUCACUGAUAAUGAUGAGGGAAAGCCUCCAUUGUUGCGACGCAUGUUGGAUGAUUGCGGGGACCUUUUUUUCAUGUCUGCCCUGCAAGCAUUCAAACGUAGAGUUUUAUAUGCAAAUGUUGGCCAUGAUCAUAUUGUUGGCUGGAGGACGUCAUCUAUAAGACGAAACUCUGAAUUACCUACGUGGGAAGAUUCUCCAAAUAUAUACCCCCAUGUUGUUCAUGAGGAGCUGGUGAAGGGAGAAAAUCCCGAAAAUUGUACUGAGAAUGCAGUUAGCAAUGGUGAUUUUGAUAUGCUAGAAGAAGAGCUCGUAACCGGGCUCCGACGAUUGUCGUGGGAGAGAGUUGAUGUUAGCUUUCACACCAGCAUGCAGCGAUUCGCGGCUCACAGCCUCAUUCAGGUUAAGGAUUCCUUUAUGCAUUCAGAAGGCGCAGAUGUUAUACAACACAUUAUCGACCACUUUCUUCUAUAGUUACUUCAAAAAUGAGAAGCCACAUGAAUGGUUUCUUUUGUCGGCCUAUUCGAUCCGAUUCUUAGUAUUUAAAGAGCAAGGCUCGACGGCUACAAGCUCGAGUACGACUCACGGGGUCAAAACUACUAACGGCGCGCCGGUGAUGUAUUUAUAUUUGUAUAAACUCCCUACUUCAAUCCAUGCAAUUGUAACAUACACGUGGUAAUUUCAAAUUGAAAGGUCAUAUAUAUACGUGUAUCUGAUGUAGCAUAUGAGCGUUGCCGAUUUGAGAUUGCAGGUA